AUGGGUAGUUGUACCCCAAACCCAAAGCACAUUCCUAACCCCAAUCACCCAACCCAGAUGAACCCACAGACAGCCACAAACGAACAUCGCAACCUUCAAAGCCAGCCACAACCCGCACUCCCGCAACCACCCGCAACCACUCCCACACCCACAGCAGCCCCAGGAACCGAAUUACGACGAAAGGCGUAUAUACAUAUGCAGAGAAAUUGGAUAAUACUCAGGGGGCUUUAUGGUAGUGGUAGUAGUGGUGGUCGUGCAGAAGUGGUACUUCUCUCCCCUUUCCCUUUGCCCCCUGCCGGAGGAGAGGGGAGGGGGGACCAACGAAACCAAGGAAGUGUCAGACACCAGACAGGGGAUGGAUACAUGGGGGCAGGGCAGGACUCGGACGAGGCGGUAGUAAUAGGCAAGCAGCGCAAGUCAUGGUGGACGACGGACAAGGUUAUCCAGGGGGAGGGGGAUUCGGGAUUACAAGAGUCCGCUAUAGACAAGCUAUACAACACAUUCCCUGGAGUCUGCGGCAAGGGGAACCUAGUAUAUACCAAGUAUAUUGUACUACAGGACAAGGGGGCGAGGCAUGGACUAAGUAGUUCAUGA